AUGGGUAUAUGGCACUUAGUAGUUUAUGUGGCUGCAGCUGCCCUAACUACCGUAGAAGCGCUGCGCCGUGGCGAAUCAGCUCUGACCUUCGUCUCGCUGACGCCAUCGCAGAAGCACGUUGACGGAGGAAGGUCGCUGUCUAGCGCUGAUAUCGCAGGUGCAGCCGAUGGAAGGUCACGUAACUCCCUCCGAGCGGCUGCUUCCACCAAGUCCGCACCUUUCAGUGACAAUGUUUACUGCGAGUCUGUCACUGAAAGGGUGCGCUUCCCGACACGGGCCGUCAAGGUAGGCAACGUGACCAUCGGAGGAGGCAACCCUAUCGCACUGCAAACGAUGACGUCGAGCGACACCAACGAUGUUGAAGCAACUGUGGAUCAGAUUAUCCGAUGCCAGCAGUACGGUGCCGCAUUGGUGCGACUCACCGUGCAAUCACCCAGAGAAGCCAGAGCGUCAGUGAUCAUCAAGGAGAAGCUGCUGGCAAAAGGUUGCCACAUCCCGCUAGUGGCCGACAUCCACUUCAGUCCCAAGGUGGCCCUCAUGGCUGCCGAGACGUUCGACAAAGUACGGGUGAAUCCAGGUAACUAUGUGGAUGGGAGGAAGGAUUGGGACGAGAAGGUUUACGAGACCGAAGCUGAGUUUAAGGAGGGGGCGAAAAAGAUUGAGGAAGUUUUCACUCCACUCGUAGAAAAGUGCAAGCUGCUGAAGCGCGCCAUUAGGAUUGGCACCAACCAUGGCUCCCUGUCGUCGCGCAUAAUGAGUUACUACGGCGACUCCCCCAAGGGCAUGGUGAUGUCCGCCAUGGAGUUCGCCGAUAUCUGCGUGAAAAACGACUUCCACGACAUGGUGUUUUCCAUGAAAUCGUCCAACUCUUUCGUCAUGGUGCACGCGUACCGCCUUUUGGUGAACGAAAUGUACAAGCGUGGCUGGAAUUACCCCAUACACCUCGGCGUGACGGAGGCAGGGUCAGUUGACGACGGCCGCAUCAAGAGCUCACUGGGAAUCGGGGCGCUGCUUCUGGAUGGCAUUGGUGACACCAUAAGGAUGUCGCUGACUGAAGACCCCUGGCUGGAAUUAGCGCCGGCUAGGAAGCUGGUCAAUUAUGUCGAAAGCUUGCAGCAGAACACCAAAUCGGAAACCAAAAGAGCAGUUAUGCGGGAGGACUUCAGGGACUUCAACAACAUCGCCCGCAGAGACCUCGAAUUCGGCGAUUCCAUUUUGAAAUUUGAGGAAGGCAAAAGCACCAUACUGAAUCCAGACGGUUCUGUGGGCUGCUUUGUAACGCACGAGGAUCUCGCUGACCCAGUGACACUGUAUAAGGCCCUCAACGUCGUCAUGCAGGACGGACUACCCCAUCGUGGGUUGAAAUCCGUAGAUUUCGUGUACAUGGAGGACACUCCCAUGUUCCACGACUCAAAUGGGCAGCGAGUGCUGAAGGAGCUCAUAGAGGGCGGGUUCCAAGUGCUGGCGCCGGUGGAUCAGCUGCAGGAGCAGCCCAUAAAGUUCGCCAUUGGUGUGGUUGACCUUUUGAAGCUGGAGGAAUUCCAAAAAUCCCAAUCGUACCCGAACUACCCGCACGCUGACUCACGAAUAGAUUUCACGGACAAGAUCGCUGACUUGGCCGUGAGGAUCACCGGGCACGAACCGGACGCCGCCAUCGAGAAGCUGUGCAGCAUCGGUCGUGGAAUCUCGAGCAAGGCGCUUGGCUCAGGAAUUCCAAGAUUCAUUGUUCUAGAUAUAGACCCUAAAUUAAACCACGUAGAAACUGUGCGGCGCAUUUUCGGGAUUUUGAUAAAGAACGGCUCGAAGCUUCCUGUCAUUCACCAGGUGGAUGCCACCGAGUGCUUCGACCACGAGGAAGUGGUGAUCAGGGUCUCCGCCGCAUUGUCGACCCAUCUAAUCGACAAAUUAGGAGAGGGACUAAUAAUAAAAUCGCGUCUGCCUCUAUCGGAAAGCAACGACAUUGCUCUGAGCACUUUGCAGGUAUUUAAUUCCGUCAACCCUUCCAUACCGCGCCUGCAGGCUGCCAGAAUGAGGAGCUUCAAAACAGAAUUCAUAUCAUGCCCAUCAUGUGGGCGUACCCUGUUUGAUAUUCAGAAAACAACCGAGAAUAUUAAGAAGCGUGUUGGGCAUCUGCCUGGUGUCAGCAUUGCCAUCAUGGGUUGCAUCGUCAACGGGAUCGGCGAGAUGGCUGACGCAGACUUCGGAUACGUCGGAGGCGCGCCAAACAAGGUUGAUCUCUACGUAAAGAAGAAACUGGUGGAGCGGAACAUACCACAUGAGGAGGCAUGUGAUCGCUUAAUUGAUCUCAUCAAGCGACAUGGAAAAUGGGUUGAUCCGGAGUGA